UUCUUCGCGCUAAAACUAGUCUGACAUUCGAUUGACCACAAGAAAAUACAUCCGCGCUUUGUUACAAAGGAAUGUGAAAGAAUCUAUUGGCUACAUAUUCAUGCAACAUUAGAAAACCAAUAUAAAAAGUUGCCACGUUCAAGAACAAGAGACAUUUUCAUAAAUUUAUGUUGGUUUUAAUUCAUGUUAUCAAGUGAAAAAUAUGUCAAUUAUGGAGACACCUAAAAGUGCUCGUCAACAAAUACGCACAAUGCGUAAUCACACUCCCAGAUUGUCGGAAAGAAAAAAGAAACUCUUCGGUACAGUCAAAGAUAAUGAAGGGGGUGAUGAGGAGGAGGAGGAAAUGCUCAAGGGUAUAGAACCUUUGAUAAGAAGUAAGUCGCGAAAUGGUAGUAAAACACCAAAAAGUACAAAAGUCAUGGAAACAUUAAUGGGUUCGUGUAAGAAAUCGCCACGCGUAAUAAGUUUCUUUGAAACCGAGUCGGAUGAGGGUGAUACUGGGGAGGAACAGAAACCUUCACCUUCGCGACGUAGUGUAAGAUUAAGUUUGAAGAAAUCACCAAAUUCGAGCAAAUCAGAAAUGGAAUUUUCCACUUCACCGCACAAAGAAAAUAUACCCAUAAAAACGCCCACACGCAAAGACGCACAAGAGGACAAUAAAUUACAGAAAAUGUUUAGUAAUUCUAUGCAAAUUACACCACGCGACAAGACGUCCAUGGUAAUUGAAGAAACAUCCAGUGAAGAUGAGGAAUUCAAGGAUAGCAGAAAGUCAGCUUCGAAGAAAUUUAUAAACAAAAGACAUUGUGAAAUCGCUGGUUCAACUGGAUUGAGUCCCAUGCGUAAAAAAGGUAAAACCUCUACAUCUCCCAUAGAUGGUGGUUCGAUUUCAACAAAAUCUUUUUAUUCGGGUAAAAGCAAAUCAUCGCCUACAAAUGGUCGAGCCAGUUGUAGGAAUUUAUUUGGUCAAACGCACAGAGGAGCUAACACAUCUCAAACUAAAUCCCGACAAUCGAAUAGACGUAGCUUAGGCUCCCAGGCUACAUCCAUUAAUCGUGGUGUCCAUCACAAAAUUCGCAAACGACCACAUUCUAUAGGGUUGGCUUCCAAACACUAUGCUCCUGUAGAUCUUGAUCAUAUCCUAAAUAAUGUACGCAAUGAAAAGCUACGCAAAUUGAUUACGGACAAGCGCGAAGAGAAGCAACAAAUUGAAAAGAUACACAACAUUUUCCGCAAAGCUUCCAAUCCGAUUGCAAUGGCCCGUCCCCUGAGUUCGAUAUCCAAUCAGGAUGAUUCAAAUAACAAUAAUUUAACAGAAGAUCAUCUUAAGCAGCAGAAACCCUACGAAUCGUCUCAAUCCACUUACCAAGGCGAUACAGAUUUUUCGGAUAUUGAAUGUGAUGCCGAGGAAUUUGUGGAGGACGAUGAUACUUGUGGACAGGGCAAUUUAGAGGAUGCUCUUAUGGCCAUGAAUGAAGAAGUUAUACCGCUGAUAACUCAUCAAGCUGAUGAUGCCUUAUCCGUUAAGUCGGAAGAUAGUACGGCACCGGUUAAGAGGAAAUUUUUCAAAUCGGGCCGUAACACCACAACACGCAAAGAAGUUCACAUAACGGAUAAUAUCAGGGCAAUGGUGACGGCCAAUGGUAAAUUGUCCAUUGUGCCGGAAAAGAAGAAAAUCAAGAGACGCAUCAAGAUACGUAAUUCAGUUGCCAAUGAAUUCUCCGAUGAACAAGCUACCGUUGAUGCCAUAUUGCGUAAUUUGGAUGACACUGCCUUUGGUGACAUUAUUGUGCCCAAAGAUGAGGAUGACAAUACAAACCUAAAUACCAAUGAUAACAAUGCCUUCUUAGAUGAAAUCGAUCAACAAUUGGCCUUAAUGAAUGACGAAGACUCGUCUAACCUGAUCGAUGACAUUGUUCUGCAGGACAAUCAAGAUUUCAACGAAUUUCGUAAACGACUGCCUUACAAUACCAGCGAUCCGGAAAUUAUCGAACGCCAACAUUUAUUACUGGACUUUCUGAUCACAAAUAACAUAUGCACCGAAGAAAAUUUCAAUAUCUUCAUAGCCGAUCCCGAUAAUCAUAAAGCUGAAGCCGAACGUAUUAUCGAUGAGUUGGUGAUAAUUGUAACCGAACAUCAGAAUACAGAUUUUCGCCAAAGAAUACCCUACAAUACCACAGAUCCAGAGAUUAUAGAACAACAGCAUAGUUAUCUAGAUUUUCUAUUGGAAAAUAAUAUUUGCACCGAAGAUAAUUUCGAUAUAUUUAUAGCCAAUUAUGCUCAAAGGAAAUCAGAAGCCGAUGCCAUAUUGUCGCAAUAUAUAUCGGCUGUUAAUGGGCAAUUUAAUGAAAAUCUAAACGAACAGCUAGCUGCUAAUAAUUUAUUGGAUCAAAAUAAAAUAAAUUUGAAUUUAAGUACAAAUAGUUAUAAAACAAAUAAUAGUAAUUCAUAUGAAAACACAACUGCUAUUACAACUAAUAAUAAUAUUGCAACAUUACCUGAAGAAAUUUUACAAACUCCCACAAAUGUGCCUUUCAACAAUAGUGGUGCCUCUAGCAGUGCUGCCGCCCUAGAAACACAACAACAAACCGAACAGCAACAGAAAUUGUUUCCCGUUUUCUAUCCGGGCGGUUGUCAACCCCUCAACCAGCCUUUCACGAGACGCAAACAGCAACAGCGUCUUUGGAAUGCUGGCUAUGGCCCGAAUCAAUAUCAAAUUGAUGCCGGCCAGAAGGCGUUCGGUGCCCAUCAGUGCAAACAAUGCGGUCUGGUCUAUACCAUGCACGAACCGGAAGAGGAAAAAUUGCACAGAGAUUUUCAUGCCUCAUUGCAUAUCUUACGAUUCAAGGGUUGGAUUGAUGAGGAUAUUGUGGCCAUCUAUCCGGAAUGGGGACCCGAUGGUCGAAUUUUACGUUUGACCGAAACUUCGCCACCCAAACGUCGCGAACGUCUGAUGGAUAUUUUGAAAAUUGUCGACAAAGAAUUGGGUUUCGCGUCGUACAUUGUGCCAAAAACAUUUGUUGCCUAUUUUGCCGUGCGAAAGAUGCAAAUUGUGGGUUUAUGUCUGGUACAGCCACUGGAUAAGGCGAAUAAAUAUUUGUGUGUGAAUGGUGUCGAUUGCUGUACGGAGGAACAAUUUGAGGCUAAAUGCGGCAUCUCUAGAAUCUGGGUGUCUCCGCUGCAUCGCCGUUUCCAUAUUGGUGCCAAACUAAUACAAGCCGUGCAAUUGAAUACAAUAUUUGGCGAAGAAGUGUCAUUGGAUAAAAUUGCCUUUAGUGCACCCACAGAAUUGGGCAAAGUAUUUGCGCAGAAAAUUACCAAAAACGAAAAUUUUCUGGUAUAUCAAUAGAGAAUGAAAUCGCAAGGGGGGGAAUAGAUUUAUGUUAUUUUAAAUGACAUUUAUACUUUUAGCUUAGAAUUAUUUUCUCUCAAUGAAUUCUUAAUUUUAUAUUCAUUGCUGGCUUUUAUUCGAUUUCUGUAUGUAUAUUGUCGCUUGCAUUUUAUUAUAUUUUUUUUUCUGUUAUAUACAAAAUGUUUAAAUUUUUUUUUUAUUUUCUUAUAGAAAUUUCGUUUUUUUUUAUAUACAUAUAUUUUACGUUAUUUUUUAUUAAUUAUUUCGUUAAUAUUUUAAGGUCUCAUCAUUGGCAAAAUAAUACAAACAAAAAAACAUUAAAACCACAACUUUAAUAAACAUUUUGCGACUUUAUUUUUUUCUAACAAAAAUAGAA